GUCCUCCGCCUCUCCUUGUGAUCCCUCCUUGUAGGUGUGACCCACGCAACAAAGGGGACGCGGAGCAAACUCGCAUCAGGACCACAAGCGGGACAAGCCUGCCCAGACAAGAGCGCAAGAGCGGAGGGUGGGGUGUUAGGUGGCUUGAAAACAACAGCGCGUCUGCGGGGGUUUUGCAAUAUGCAGCAGCAUUCGUGUAAUUACGUUCCUCCUGGAGUCUCCGGGCGGCAGAAGUCGGGAGUAUCUCUCUCCCGUCAGCUCUGGCAGAUCUUCACCAAACACGAAACUGAGCCGAUAAUUUGAAGACUUCUGCAAGUCCAGGCUAUAUAUAAAAAAAGAGAGCGAGAGAGAAAGCAAAACACCGAGCAAUAGCAUAUUUUAGUCGGGAGAGGCGAGGGACGAGCGCAGCUCAGAGUAAACUGGAGAGAUCAGAGCAGAAAGGAGGUGUGAACUCAGAGCGGACGUCAAGAGCUGAACACAGAGGCUAAUGUGUUAAAAGGGCCCUCUCCAUGGAUAUAGACACAGACUAUGAGCGGCCCAAUGUGGAAACCAUUAAAUGUGUGGUGGUGGGGGACAACGCAGUAGGCAAGACCAGGCUAAUAUGUGCCCGGGCCUGCAAUGCCACACUCACACAGUAUCAGCUGCUUGCCACCCACGUGCCAACCGUCUGGGCCAUCGACCAGUACCGAGUAUGCCAGGAGGUGCUGGAGAGAUCUCGGGAUGUGGUGGAUGAGGUCAGCGUGUCCCUGAGGCUUUGGGACACGUUCGGGGAUCAUCACAAAGACAGGCGAUUUGCCUACGGCAGGUCUGACGUAGUCGUCCUCUGCUUCUCUCUGGCUAAUCCCAACUCCCUGCGCCACGUUCGCACCAUGUGGUUUCCAGAGAUCAAGCACUUCUGUCCUCGAACUCCCAUCAUCCUGGUCGGCUGCCAGCUGGAUCUGCGCUAUGCUGACCUGGAUGCAGUUAACCGCGCGAGACGGCCGUUAGCAAAGCCCAUCAAACAGACAGACAUUCUCCCUCCAGAGAGAGGGCACGAGGUGGCUAAAGAACUCGGGAUUCCUUACUAUGAGACAAGCAUUGUUGCCCAAUUCGGAGUCAAAGAUGUGUUCGACAAUGCCAUCCGUGCAGCCCUCAUUUCCCGUCGACACCUGCAGUUCUGGAAGUCCCACUUGAAAAAGGUCCAGAGACCCCUUCUCCAGGCGCCUUUUCUGCCUCCUCGACCACCACGCCCCAUAGUUGGCAUCCCGGACCCACCACCCGCAGAGGGCGAAGGCCCAGACUCCCUUUUUUCUCACCCUCUUUGCGCAGAUGUUCUUUUCCUUUUGCAAGGCGGCUCCACUCGUGUUUUUGCACACAAGGUCUACCUGGCUACGUCCUGCUCCAAGUUCUACGACCUUUUUACCCUUGAUCUUGGCGGGUUGAGCUUUGGGGUAAUGGGUGAGGAACAGGACAGCAAGGAAAACGCAGAGAGUGGGGAGGAAGACGAACAAAGCAGAAGAGGAGCCAAAGAGCAAGCUGGGCGCACUAAGAGCCUGGACAUUGAUAAAGAUGGGGUAGAUGGAGGGGUGCGGGGCCUGAAUCAACCUCAGCUGCUCCAGCAGGGAUCUUUGAGGACUUCCCAGAGUGAUAAUGCGCUCCCCUCUCGAGCCCAGUACUCACUGGGAGCAAUGGGGACGGGCAGAGCCCUUUCUGGAUGGGGGAGGGGGUUCCUCAGUGUGUGUCUGGAGCAUGUUGAUGAUCCAGUGACUGGACGGCCUCGUCUCAUGACUGUGGUUGCCAUGGAUGCACUUAUACAAGAGGAACCAUUUAAGGCAGUGCUUCAGUACCUCUACACAGGCAGCCUGGACGAGAGCCGAGGCGAUCUGAUGCAGGUGGCCACCAUUGCAGAGCUACUGGAGGUGUUCGACCUUCGGAUGAUGGUGGCCAACGUUCUGAACCGAGAGAGUUUCAUGAACCAAGAGAUCACAAAGGCCUUCCAUGUCCGCAGAGCCAAUCGCAUCAAAGAGUGCCUCAAUAAAGGGACUUUUGCUGAUGUGGUGUUCCGGCUGGAUGACGGCUGCCUCCCGGCCCACAAGCCCCUGCUCAUCUCUAGUUGUGACUGGAUGGCCGCCAUGUUCCGCGGCUCCUUCAUGGAAAGCUACAUCGAGGAGGUAUCGAUUCCUAACACCAGUGCAGCAUGUAUGCGUGGGGUGCUUGAGUUCUUGUAUUGUGGUCUCCUGACACCGUGUCCUGGAUUGGAGCCCAUGGAACUAAUAGUUCUGGCCAACCGUCUCUGUUUGCCACGACUUGUUGCCCUCACUGAACAGCACGCUGUGGACGAGCUACUGCAGCUGGCAGUGAAAGGAGUGGACAUUGAUGGCCAGGUGUUGUCUUAUCUUGAACUUGCACAGUUCCACAAUGCCAAACAGCUCUCUGCUUGGUGUCUCCAUCACAUCUGCACCAAUUAUAAUAGCAUCUGCCGCAAGUUUCCCAAAGACAUGAAGGCUAUGUCUCCAGAAAACCAAAGGCACUUUGAGAAGCAGCGUUGGCCCCCUGUAUGGUUCCUGAAGGAGGAAGACCGCUACCUGCGCUCUCAAAAAGAGCGCGAGCGCGAGGAAGAGAUUUUGCGCAAGCAGCACACUAAACGGGGCUGGUGUUUCUGGAGACACCCGUCUUCCUCUCCACAUGUCUCCUAAAGGGUUUCCCCUCAUCUAGCUCUUGGAUCUUCCCCUCAGCGGAUGCUAGCCCAAGGAUGAGCGUAUGCAGAGGAGAAUGAUCAUUAUCCCUCUACCUGUGGAGAAAUAACUUUCAGCGCUAAUAUUCCUGAAUGUCUGCAUGCUCUGGAGGAGUGUAUGUGCCUCUUUGUGGGUGUGGCUCGCCGCACAACUGCAUUUUGGUUGGUGGUGGGACGGAUUGGAACUCAACAGGAAGGGUAUUUGCAUGGAUGUGUGAGUGUAUGUGUGGAAUAUAGUGAUGCUUCCAAGUUGAGAUACAGUGAUCUCUUAACGGACCUUGGCGGUGCAGUGCAACCCCUCGUCCUGUCCGCAAAUGCUUUUUCUCCCUCCACCAGCACUCUGUUGCCUUCGAGUGUUGGGACUGGAAGCAAGGGCUCUCUUUUUUUGUCUCUGUUUUCUCAGUCUUCAACCUUCACAUCGACCUUAAUGACUUUUACACAUUCAACACCGCAGCUCCCUUUGGCGGCUGGGGGAGUUUGCCUAAGCCUUCACUUCUCAUAGAGACUGUUAGUUUGCACACGCAGAUGCAUCCCCAAAGUUAACCCGUGCGAAAACCAGCAGUAGAUGCAGGAACUACCACUGACAGUUUAUUUAAUGCUAUUUCUUAUUAGUAAUCUUUUAAUGUACAUUUUGAAGCACCCUGGGAUGCUAGUAUCAGGGGAAACAGUGCAUAGAACUCAGAGGAAUUCAGUAAUCACCACUGCAACCACAAGUAAAAUCUAAAAAUACUUGGGUAAAUAGGAAAAUAAGCAUAAAUUCUACCAUUUAGUCCUCAUGUGUCUCUUCUGUCAUCUAACUUGCCCCCAUCUUUGUGCACUCAACACUUUUUUUUUCAACAAACCCUCAUGGAACCACUCUAUAAUGCGGAUGUUUUUUUUUUUUUUGGACUUUUAAAAAGGGCUAGCCUUCCUUUAAAAAAUUGUCAUGAAGGUGAAAUUUAAUACGGUAUUAAAUCUCGUCGACCACAAAGUUGCAUUGAUCCACUCGAGCAAUCUUGCCUUUACAACCCUACACCACCAGGGGCCGCACUGCUCAGGGUUCUAUUGCACUCUUAAUAGGUGUUUUAUCCUAUUUGUCUGCAAGGAAAAAAAUUAACAUUUAUGAGUGUUUAAAAAAAAAAAAACGUACAUAAAACCAGUUUGUUAGUGGAUUUAAAAUAUUGGAUACUUAAAAGGGUUUUCAGCUGUAGUUCCUCCUUCUCUCUUUCUGUUUAUUUGCAUUUUAUAAUAGCAGGGAGGCUGUAGGAAAAACUAGAACAAGGUUUAGGAACAGAAGGCAGUAUUAGAUAAUGUCUGUGAUGGUAUUUUCAAUCUUUGUUACAAGCAGGGCCGGGCCAAGGAGUAAGCGAAUCAACUCGCUGCUAAGGGUCCCAAAGCCAGCUCGGGACUGAGACAGCCUGAAUUCUCCCUGAGAACGAUCUCAAAACUUCAUAUUUAUUAUCAGGUUUGUCAGGAAUAGGUCUACUUACAGGCUUGAAGGGAAAAAAUAUAUCAAGAAUGAAAAGUCUCCCCAAAAAAAUAGACAAUGUGACCAAAUCGUGUGCAAUUUGCAAAAAGACUUUACUCAAUUUCAGAUUUUCAUUUCAAUCUUCCUUUUUGGAAAUGCAUCCAGGGCAUUUGUUGGCAACAUUCAGUGAUUAUUUGUACACACAUCCUUUAAAACUUGCUCUCUCCUUCCUGACUUUGUCAUGUUUUUAAGUGCUUUUGCAGAAAUACCCGGCCUACCCAAUCAUAAGGUCAGAGAGAUGAGCUUCCACUAUUUAUUUACUGCUGUCAUCAUCUAACACCCAAUAUCCAAAGUACUAUUUAAUCAUUUGAAAUAACUGAUCACAUUCUGUUAUGUGAUUUAUAAGCGAUAUUAGUAAUACUGUUGUGACCGAUGAAUAAUCGGUUGCGAAUUGCCCCCAACAUCAAAUUGUGCUUUGGGCCCCAUAUAACCUUGGGCUGGCUCUGGUUGUGAGGAGUAAAAAAAAAAAAAAGUCUGCUCAUGACAUUGCCUUCCGUUCUCUUUGCUAGAAUGAAACAUUGGUGCUGAAAACGGUGUCCAGAUGAACACAGAGACAUAUGGUUUUGAGGACUUCAAGCAACUGUCCGAUCGUUUAUUUGUGCUAGCAGACACUUUAGUAUUCAAAUUUUAUACACUUGGUUUCUUUUCUAUUCAGAGUCUGUGAAAAGGACGUAAAAUAUUUCAGAGGUUGAGGUUUGCUCCAAAUUCUGGGAUGUCUUUUGCUGCUUUUAUAGUCUAAAACAAUGGGACACAUUCUUGCUCUCUUGCUAAUAUAUGAAAUGGGCAUCUCUUUGGAUGGAUUUUUAAAGUUAUGGUUGUUGUUUCACCAAUCUCAGCAAAUUGGAUUUUCUCAUUAAGGGUGCUAAUUUCUUUGGGCUUUCGUUUGAAUGUGAAAAGAAAAAAAAUAAUAAUGUUGCGGCCGUGAGUUUUUAUUAGCACGUUUUCUAUUACUGGGUUUGCGCCCCUCAGCUUUACCCAAACUCUCUGAGAUAGAUGGAUGGUGUGAGACAUGUGGUGCAUGAUGCUGUUUUUCCACAGGAGGUGUGCAAAGCAAUUUUCAGCUACCGGAAUAGAAGCCGUAUAGGUUCUCACUUGGCCUGAGUGAGAAUUGAGCUGAUUUCCUGUGAGAAAGAGAAAACGGAGUAAAAAUGAGCAAGUCUCAGUCAGCGUCAGUCGCGUCCCACAUGUUGUGGAAUGAUUUCAGCGAUAUCUGAAGGUAAAGGAAAAAAAAAAGAAGGAAAAAAAAGAGGAAUUUUGUUUCCCGCAAAAUCAAUUACCAGUUUGUAUUCCCUGUUCAAUCUGGUCUCUUCGUCGUUGUGCCUUAUGAUCCAACCAGCAGACUGGUGCUGCGGUAACGGGCAUGAUAAAAGUAGGAUACAAUGAUGACAUCAGAACUGUAAAACAUUUGUUUGGGGUGUUGCUUUAUGGAUUCUCUGCCAUAAGCGUUGCUCAUUUGAGGGCGAUCAUUUUUAAGCCAGCCUGAGCCAUGAUGUUACAAAUCUGGGGAUUUGAUAUUUUAUGUCGACAAAUGAUCUGAGACCGGCUUGUUCUAAUGAUAUGGCCAAACACUAGAUACACAGCAUCCUCCACAAUUAUCGGCAGCCCUGGUAAAGAUGUGUACAAGAACCUUGUACAGACUCAGAGAUCAACUUAGAAAAUAAACUCUCAACUAAAACACGCUACAUUUGAAAAAUAUUUUCACAUUUCUUUUAAAUCCACUCAUUCAUAAAUGUGAUUUCCUUACCUUUUGAAUAAACAAAUACUUGUAUUAAAAGCUUUUUUUUUCUACAUUUUGCAGCGGGAGAUUACGCAACCACAAUAAAUUAAAAAGGCAUUUUUUUUAUGUAAAGCUACCACAAAUUGUGUAUGAUGCUGUCUAUCAUAGCUGUGCUUCGUUAUAGACCAAGUGAUUAAAAUGUAGUCAGUAAAUAUAGAAGCUUGGCUCCUGCAGUAUGACUUCAAAACCACCGACUGUGAGAAAUCAAAGCUUUGUAAAAUGCACCGGCUGGCCUGUGCACUGGGGGGUUUGGGGGUGCAACCACUCGUGGAAUGCAAUGAACUUGCAUGACACGCAGACUUUGUUGGUGUGGUAUUGGCAUCAAAAUGCAAUUUGUGUCUGUGCGUUUCUGUAGUUAGCAUGACAUUUUCCUUAAAUAAGAUUGUUGUUAAACCAGGUGACUGUAGCAUGAAAUUUCCACUUAUGUUAUUGACAUUUUAUUUGAAGGUUGCUCGUUGAAAACUUAAUAAGCGGCCACAUUUAGUGCCCUUAAGGUCUUUUGGGAACCGAACCCUAACAAUUUUCUUUCUGAGUGACUUUAUUGAAAUGUCUUUGACACCUUAAGGUAGCAUUUGAGCAUUUAGCAUUUGUAUUUUAGGGUAGUAUGUGAGAAGAUCUACAGACAUGAGCUUGAAAGCUAAUAUGGAAGGUUUGUUGCUGCCAUUUGAUGCCACCGAUGUCCCUUGUAUGCUGUUACGUUUAAUACAAUGAAUUAAGAUUAAUCAAAUUAUUUUAAACUAUUUGGUGGUUGGGGUAUGAAAAUAAACGAGUAUUCAUUAAGCAUUUAAGAAAAAAAAAUCUGCGCAUUUAACGAUAAAGGAAAUGUGUAUGGUAAAGGUUUCUUGGGUGAAGCAAAUGUCGGCAUGAGUUUCUAGAACCUUUGUUUUUGGGGCUAUAAUUAUAAUUACUCAAUACCCUGAUGAAGAUGUGGGAGUUUUUCUUAUAAACAAAAAGCACCUGAUGCCAACAAGCCAAAGUUACAUCUUCUCACAUUUUGAUAUUGGUCGUAUUUUCAUCGUAUUGUUUUUUUUUGGUUUUUUUUUAUUCUCCCUUUUUGUCUGAUCCUUGGAGCACUUCUUCCUACUUGACAGGCCUAAUAUCCCCACUUUAUUGUGAAGCCUAGUGACGGAGAGAACACCUCAUCAUUGUUUUCUUGCUUUGGUGUCUCCUCUCCUGUGCCUUUAGUGAAAUCUCACUUUCAGUUCUAUACAAGAUGACAGCAAUGCACCAAUAGCCACCUAAGCUCAGAUGAAUGUCAGUUAAGCCAAGAAAUACAUACAAGCAUCGCUGUAAAAGUGUGUAGCUUUUGUUGAGAUUAAGCCUCUUAGAUCAGAAGUGGAUUGGCUUCCUGAUCUGUAGUCAAGUAACGGAACGAUGCUUGUACCUUUUUAAGUGACAACAUGAAGAGCUUAACAAAUGUAGUUUGUAUUGCCAUCUAUGCUAAGGCUACACGAUAGGUGACUAGAAGUGCUGAAAUAAGUAGGAAACCAGCAGUUUCUUCUGCCCUCUUCCAGGUGCCUGCACUUUCUCUUGUGUAGCCUAUUAAUACUUUUUGUAUUCUUUCUUUAUACUCAUCCUUAGCGGGAAUAAGAUAUCAUGUUCUUUUAUUUUUUCAUUCUCUCUAAGCCAAAUCCAGUUAUCGCUUCCACUGUUUAUCUACAAUUUAUAUUGCCGUCAUACAUAAAUUGGUGUCCUUUUAGUUGGAGAAGAGUAACUGUUAACAAAAGGUUGGAUUAAAGGCAAAAUAUUGGCUAUGCCAGCUAUCUCUGUUAUGCUUGAGUUAAGGUAGUUGUUAUCCAAAGUACUGCAACGUGUUGUCAAUCUAACAAAUCCCAGUUGGAAGUAACUUCACACCUUUUUAAUGCUCACCACACUGUUUUUAUUAACUAAGUUAGUGUAAGUAGGAUUGUAUGACGUCAUCUAUAUUGACAGACUUGCUGUAAUUAACUCCCGGUCAAUACUGUAAUUGUAAGUGGAUUGUAUCGAUGGUGUAGUAUUGUUAUGCACUUUUGUUCCCAUGGACUCAUAUGGGUGUUAUUUACAGUCAGUGCUUAUGUUAUUAUGUUAUAAAAGUUCAAAAGAAAAGCGCGCACACCACACUCACAUGUUAUUAAGGGCUUUGACAUAAAAAAGAAAAGUUUUUUGCUGCUGUUGCAAAAAAAGGUUUUGAAACUAAAAUUUUGUAAUAUUUUAAACAACUGUGAUUUGUACAAAAUAAAAAAAAAAGAAAUAUAGAAAAAAAAAGUUGUUUUUUUUGCCAUUUCAGUAUUUUGAUGUUUGACUUGAAUUUUAUUAAAACUGUCAAUCUUUUAAAA